AUGGUUGCUAAGAAAGGACGUCAAGAUUCUUCUUCAGAGGUUGAAGUUGGGGAGAUUGACACAAGCGCUCCUUUUCAAUCUGUUAAACAUGCUGUUAACCUCUUUGGUGAAGCCUCCUCUUCCCUUUCUGCUGAAAAGCAGCAGCCUUCUCUCAUUCGCAAACCCUAUCCUCAAUCCGCUGAGAAAGUUUUGGUGAAGCAAACAGAGCUUCACUUAGCGCAGAAAGAGUUUAACAAGCUCAAGGAACGGCUUAAGAACGCUGAAACAGUUAGAGAGCAAGCGUUGAGUGAGCUUGAGAGGGGUAAGAGAACUGUUGAUGAGCUUACUCGUAUGCUUGAAGCUGUUAAUGAGUCGAGAGAUUCUGCUAUUAAAGUGACUGAAGCAGCCAAGAGUCAGAUCAAAGCAGAGACUGUUUCUGUGUCUAGUAAUAAUGAUGAUGAUGAGUAUGUGAUGGUAUGUAAGGAGCUUGAUGCAGCGAAGCAAGAGCUGAGGAAAAUCCGUCAGGUUUCUAAUGAGGUUUGUGAGACAAAGAAUGUUGCUUUAAGCAAAGAAGAGGAAGCUAAGGAAGUGACUAAAGUUUAUUCUGACAAGAUUGAGUUGCUUGGAGAGGAGAUAGCAUCUGUUAAUGAAUCUGUUGAACAGACUAAGUUUGCGUGUUCUCGAGCUCGUGAAGAACAGUCUGAGAUUUUCUCAGAGAAGGAGAUUCAGCAGCAACGUUAUAAAGCUGGCAUGGAAGAAUCUGCCAAGAAGCUCCUCGCUUUGAAGAAAGAGUUUGACCCUGAGUUUGCUAAAAAGCUUGAAGCUCAGCUGAGUGAGACGUAUAACGAGAUAGAUGAGUUGCAGAAGCAAAUGGAGACUGUGAAAGCAUCUGAUGUGGAUUCUGUUAAUGGUGUGAGUUUGGAGUUGAAUGAAGCAAAGGGUUUACUCGAGAAGUUUGUGGAAGAAGAGAAGUCUUUGCAAGAGUCAGUGGAAUCUCUCAAAGCAGAGCUCAAGAAUGUGAAAACAGAGCACAGUGAAGUUGAAGCGAAAGAGGCUGAGAUCGAAUCUCUAGCUGGAGAUCUUAACCUGAAGCUUAGCAAAAGCAAGAAUAAGCUAGAAGAAAGUGUUGCAGAGGAAACUAAAGCAAAGAACGGUUUGGAGGAUAUGAUGUCAACUUUAAAUCAGAUAUCUUCUGAGACAGAGGCUGCUCGGAGACAAGCUGAGGAAAUGAGAAACAAAGCCGAGGGGUUAAUGAGCGAAGCAGAAACCGCGCAUCUCACACUUGAAGAUACGGAGCUACAUUUGAGGGUGGCUCUAGAUGAAGUCGAAGAAGCAAAAGCUGCCGAGGGAAAGGCGCUUGAACAGAUAAAAUCUAUGUCUGAAAAAACCAACGCUGUCCGUAAGUCAACAUCAUCUGAGUCUGGAGCUCAGAGCAUCACACUGUCUCAGGUGGAGUUUAACUCGUUGAGCAAGAGAGCUGAGGUGUUCGUUAAGUUGGCGGAUAUGAAAGUAGCAGCUGCGCUGGCUCAGGUGGAAGCAGUUAAAGCUAGUGAAAACGAGACAGUUAAGAAGUUAGAGACGACGCAAGAGGAGAUUGACAAGCUAAAGACCGCAACAGAAGAAGCACUGAAGAAAGCAGCUAUGGCUGAUACUGCUAAGAAAGCCGUUGAAGGAGAACUCAGGAGGUGGCGUGAAAGGGAUCAGAAGAAAGCAGAGGAAACGGCCUCGAGGAUUCUUGCAGAGGCUGAGGCCAAGAUGUCAGCUGAGUCAUCCCAGCAACAUCAUUACAAAGCUACUAAACAGAAGCCUGUCAACAAGAAACUGGAGAAGACGAAAACCUCUGUGGUAUCAAAGAAAGUGCUUUUACCGAUUCUAAGUGGAAUCUUUAAUAGAAAGAAGAAUCAAGUGGAGUGGGGUUCUCCUUCUUAUCUCCCUGGAGAGAAACCCAUUUGAUGUAUGCUUUCUUUUCAAGAUUUGAGAACUUUUAUUGUAGUGGACAAUCAGAAAGCUGUGUGCUAAAGAAGGUUUUGUGGUUUGAGAUCAGAGGCAGUUGCAGCUAUGGUCUAUAAUGUGAAUAAAAACUGGUUUUGUUGGUG